CCUAGCGCAAGUUGUUAAACCCACGUUGAACGCAGCUGGUGUCGAUUCUAGAUUUAGUCUUCAUAUUUUCCGAGAGAAAAUCCCACAAUUUCUUGCCACCAUGGGCCGCACAGGUCGCCAGGACAGCGAAUGUUCGACUGUACCUCUAGAUCCGUACAAGGCGGACUACAGAGAGCCGUCCCGUACCUUUAGUAGUGUCUGUAUGCUCGUCGUCUGCGCCGUGUUGUUGCUGUUCUCGCUCGCCAUCGCUGUUUGGUUGGUUUGUACGUGGUUGUCCUUCAGUCAGGAAAUCGCAAGGCUUAAGCUUGAUUACCAGAAAGUCGACGAGCGGCGAGGAUGGGAGACGAAUAGUGAGAAUAUUUCAGCACUUGUGGAAGAGGCGCUACAGAAGUACCGAGCCGAGCGGGGCCAUGUUGAGGUCGGGCCGCCCCUGCCGAGCGGCUGGACCAGCGGGCGGGACAGGCCCCUGGCUCAUCUCACAGGGAACCCGGAGCCCAACCACUAUCCUACACGAGAAGAGAACGAGGUUAUCAAGAUCAGGACAUGGGAGACUGAGCACGGUCUGGCCACCCUAGCCAACGGUAUGGAGUACAGCCGCGGGAACCUGGUCAUCCCUGCUGAUGGGCUGUACUAUGUGUACUCCCAGCUAUCCUACAGGUUCAGAAACGAUCUGAUUGAAGAUUCAGGCAAGGAGGAGGAAAAAGUCUUCCAGAUCAUCCACUACACCUACAGGAGGAACUCCUACCCCGAACCCAAACAGAUCAUGAAGACGGCUAAGAGCACGUGUUGGUCUAAGCGGGUUGAGUUCGGGUUGUACACGUCGUUCCAAGGCGGGGUGUUUCAGCUGGAGAAGGGGGACAGGAUCUGGGUCUCGGUGUCUAACGCUCCUCUCAUCUGCUUUGACGAAACGUCCAGCUUCUUUGGAGCGUUCAUGUUGUACUGAUCAAUGCGUACGCGUCCAUUGUUGUAUCCGUUGAUGUAUAUUCCAUACACAUAUCAUAUAUCAUGUCUAAGGUUCGAUAAUAAUCACGGUUGAUGUCAAGUGAUGGGCUUGAUUUCUAUCAUGAAAUAUUAUCAAAAUUAUUUAUACAAUGAGGUAUAAAAAUGCCUCUCUUUUUGUACUCCAAAAUGCGGCCACGAUCAACAGAGUGCCUUAUACUCCUCCUACCCUCUGUAUACGUAAUAGACUAGUCCAUAUUUGAAUAUUAGGUAGUUCAGCGUACUAGGUCUAGGAAAACUCAAGACUCUGGUUUAAUCUAGAUUUCUUUGUUCUUAACCAGAACACUUAGCACACACGAUCAAAGACUUCAUCAUUUUAUUGGUUGGUCGUUACUUUUUUAGUUGAUUUGUAUCAUUUGCCAUAUUACUACAGUGUUUAUUACUCAUGUUAUACCUUUGUAUUUAAUCAAAUAAACGUCU